AUGCCACGCCAAAAAGUCUACUUUGGGCCGUACGUCCUCCUCCAGACGCUCGGCGAGGGCGAGUUCGGCAAGGUCAAGCUCGGCGUGCACGGCGAGCGGUGGGGCGAGGACGUCGCCAUCAAGUUGAUCAAGCGCGGCAACGUCGACACGGCCCAACGCGGCGAGAAGGUCAGGAGGGAGAUCGAGGUCCUCAAGAUGGUGCGGCACCCCAACAUCGUGCGCCUGUACGACGUGAUCGAGACGGAAAAGUACAUUGGCAUCGUCCUCGAGUACGCGUCGGGCGGCGAGCUGUUCGACCACAUCCUCGCGCACCGGUACCUCAAGGAGCGGGACGCGUCGCGUCUCUUUGCCCAGCUCGUGUCGGGCGUGUCGUACCUGCACGCCAAGGGCGUCGUCCACCGCGACCUCAAGCUCGAGAACCUGCUCCUCGACCGCAACCGCAACGUCAUCAUCACCGACUUUGGGUUCGCCAACCGGUUCAACGACGCGCGCGCCGACCUCAUGGCGACCUCGUGCGGCUCGCCGUGCUACGCCGCGCCCGAGCUCGUCGUGUCCGAGGGCAAGUACGUCGGGACGGCCGUCGACGUGUGGUCGUGCGGCGUCAUCCUGUACGCCAUGCUCGCCGGGUACCUGCCGUACGACGACGACCCGCUCAACCCGGACGGCGACAACAUCAACCUCCUGUACCGCUACAUCCUGUCGACGCCCCUCACCUUCCCCGACUGGAUCACG